GAGUGUGCAGCAGGCCCAUAGACAACAUGGAGCCAGUGGCAAAGAUGAAAAGAUUCUGCAAAGCCAAGCCAAGCAAAAUUACAGGUGGCUGCGUAAGGGUUGGAGUAUUCCCCAAAGGAUCUUGUCCCAUGAAUGGAUUCAGGUUGCCUGAAGUUAGAACCAUAGAUGAAGCUGAUGACUAUGGUCCCAGAAAAUCAAGUGAGAGUUUUGAGAAAGAUACACUGUUGACCUCUUCAGAUGAUUCAGUUUCACUUCCCAAAGAGAUCUGUGUGACUCACUGCAUGAGAAGCCUUACAGCGGAGGAAUACACGAGAGCCUUUCAGUCAUUCUUAGACCAUUCAACUGAACACCAGUGCAUGGACCAAUUCAAUAACAAGGAGCUGCCAAAUAUAGUAGCCAGUCUCGGAAAUGGAAAAUCCACUAUCAAUGUGCUAGGUGUGGGAAGUGGCACAGGGGAGCAAGACUUGAAAAUGAUUAGAAUAAUCCAGUCCAAACAUCCAGGAGCCUUCAUUAAAAAUGAAGUCGUAGAGCCCAACCCGCAACAUAUUCUGGCAUUCAAAGAUGCAAUUAAGAAUUCUUCUGACCUCAAAAAUGUCUCAUUCACCUGGCACCAGUUGACGUCCACGGAAUAUGAAAAGCAGGCAAAAGAGGAGAAUGUAGAAAAGAAAUAUGACUUCAUACACCUGAUCCAGAUGCUGUACCGUGUGGAGGAUAUUGCACAUACUAUCAAGUUUUUCCACAGCUGCCUCGAUCAUUAUGCUAAACUUCUGAUUAUAAUUUUAUCAGGUGCCAGUGGCUGGGCUUCUAUAUGGAAGAAAUACAGACACUGUCUACCCCCAACUGACUGCGGCCAUUACAUCACAGCCGACGACAUCAAAGUUGUCUUGGAGGGAAUGGGAGCCAAAUACCAAGUGUACGAUUGCCCUUCUGUUUGGGAUAUCACUGAAUGUUUUAUCGACGGAGACACCACUGGAGGUCAUACGCUGGACUUCCUGACUGGGACAAAGGACUUCAUGAACACGGCACCCCUUGGUCUUAAGCAACAGCUCCGACAAGCUCUGGGCCAGCCAGAGUGCAGCACCAAGAAGGAUGGGAGGAUUAUUUUCAGAAAUGAUCUAAGCAUGAUUGUGGUCAGCUCCUAAUAAUAGGAGAAACAGCAGAGGUGAUUUUCAUCUGUUUUGAUAGGGACAGGGCAAGCAA